GGCGGCGGACCAAUGCGCCAAGUUCGCCCUGGGCUACGACUUGAUCAACUCGGCGAUCGCCCGAUGCCGCUUCAUCAUGAGGUUAGUCGUA